UUUGGCCAGGAAGUGGUAUAUGUUCCGCUUGAUUUUCUGUAAGGAAGUUUAUUUGUGCUACCUUGACCUUGUAAUGAUAUACAAGGGAAAACAGAUUUACUUAAUUGUUAGAUCGUGGUCAAACAAGAUCUACACAAGUGCUACACUUACUCACGAUCGUUGAAUGUCACAUGAAGUUUCAAGAGUUGAAUCGUCACCAUACAGUAUUUUUGAGGAGCAUUUAGUCUAAGUGUGUGUUUGGUUUAGAUUUUUCACGUUAGAAUGGAAGCUAUCAAUUAUAGCUUUUAUGUUUUAGACGUGAUUUUUGCUCUAAAUUAUAUUUUGGACGUGUAACUAAACAUGCACUAAAUCGGGUAUCAACAGUCACACGUUGCCAUGAAAUUGGAUAUCUACUUGUUGAUCGUGAUUAAUAACAUAAACUAUUCAUGCUUCUCAUAAAGAUAAUUUAUGAAAUAAUAAAGUUACUAGUGAAAUUGAGGGAAAAAAGGAAGACCUUUUUAUUACUCAAGCAACAAGAGUAUUCACUAUUCAGUAUUCAAGUCCCAAGUUCUUUGGUGCUGUUUUCCAAUUGAAGCCAUCCCAAAUAAAAUAAAAUAAAAAAUAAAAAGAAGAGGCAAUGACUUGUGAUAGCAUGUUUUUGCUCUCUGACUGUGAUAAGGCCGGCGAGGUUGUGCUAAAUUCUCCAAUUAAUGCUGACAGUAAAAAAAAGGGUGAUGUAGAUUAAAAAAAAAAAAACGAUACGGAAUAAGAAAGGUUAAAGGUUAUGAUUAUGGAAUAUAAUAAAAAAGAUUCUGAAUUUGAUAACUACUAGUAAACAUUGUUAUAGGUAUACAAAAGGCUUGUAUCCUUUUGUUAACCAUUUGAUUUGCUCAAAGGACAGUGAAAUAAACCAUUAAAACAGGGUCUCUCUCCUUCAUUCGAAGCCAAGCCAAGCCAUGUUGCAUCAUAGAAGCUUCAAGUCCGCAAAGUGCAAAAUCGCAUUGAAGCUAUCGGUUUCACGGAUAAAAGUUUUGAAGAUAAAGACAGAAUCCCUCGUGAAGCAACUUCGGAGGGAAGUGGCGCAGUUGCUUCAUUCUGGACACAACCACGCUGCUAGAGUCCGGGUUGAACAUGUAGUCAAAGAAGAGAAGACAAUAGGAGCAUAUAAUCUUAUUGAGAUAUACUGUGAACUUAUUGCAGCACGCAUGCCGACGAUUGAAUCACAAAAGAACUGCCCCAUCGAUUUGAAGGAAGCAAUUUCAAGCGUAAUAUUUGCAACCCCAAGGUGUUUAGACAUACCUGAGCUGGCUAAUGUGAGGAAGCAAAUUAUGGCCAAGUAUGGAAAAGAAUUUGUCUCAGCAGCUGUUGAAUUACGUCCCGACUGUGGUGUAAAUCGUUUGUUGGUUGAGAAGUUGUCUACCAAAGCACCUGAUGGUCCAACCAAGAUCAAAAUACUUACUGCAAUAGCUGAGGAACAUAACGUCAAAUGGCAACCCUCAUUAGAAGAAAAUGGUCGGGAUUUGCUGGUUGGACCAAAUACUUUAGAGAAGGCUACUUAUGUGGAACCUCCACAACUCCAUGUUCCACCUGUUGGUGAUGAAAAAGGACCUCCUAAUUUAAGUGCUUCUUAUCAACUUAAAGAAAUGAAAGAUGUAUGUAAAAAUUCUUAUGAGAAGAAUGCAAGUUUAAAUUCUUCAGGUACUGGAAGUCAAGAAAUGGAUUUUGGAAACAUGAGUGCUUUUCAAAAGGGUAGACAGAAUUGGAACAUGGAAUUCAAGGAUGCUGCCUCUGCUGCACAGGUAGCUGCAGAAUCUGCAGAACGUGCAAGCAUGGCUGCAAGAGCAGCUGCAGAACUUUCUAACCGUGAAAAGUUAACAAUGCAGUAUUCAAGUGGAUGGAACUGGCAGAGUCCUUCUGAUGGUGGUGAAUUACCUCAAGAAUAUGCUUUUCAUUCAACCAAAUAUCUUUCUGCUGGAUAUGUUAAUAGCACAAUCCGAAGCAACAGUUUUGAGAUACACAAUGAACAAACUAAUGCAAGAGAACAACAUAACCUGGUUGCAUCACCCAAUGAACAUUACAUGAAUAGUAAUGAGAAUGUGAUGAAACGUUACCAGAAAAGGCAAGGUGAAGCGAACAAGAAAUCAAGCACAAGGGACUCAAAUGAAUGCUAUGAUUCUGAGAACGGACUUCCUGAACAAAUUUCAGUCACUCUUGCUAGUCAUGCUAGUGAUUUGUCUAGAAGGAUGUUAGUUCCUUCAAAAACUAGUACUAGUACAUUUUUAAGUUUGAAGGGUGAUCCUUUAUCCAAGGCUUCUAAGACUUUUGAUGCAGGACUUGGAGAGGAGUCUUCAAGGGUUUCUUAUGAGAGUAUAGAACAGAAGGUCUCAUUCAUGGAAAAUUGGGCAAGUUCUGAGCAUGGAUCAGCAGAACAUGCAGCAUCUAAGCCAAGUUCAGUAUCUAAAAGUGAGGAAAUUCUAACAUUAUCAUCUGCAAGGGUGCAAAUGCAACCUUCUAGUUCUCUUACUAAAACAAUGAUACCAGAAAAGGAACAGGCUUCAAUGUCUUUAAAUUCUAACAAAGAUAUUCCCUCUAAGGAGAAGGGCAGUCAUGUCCAUCCAAAGCUACCUGAUUAUGAUACCUUCGCUGCCCAAUUUCUGUCCCGUAAGAAGGGUCGCUAAUAAAAUUUCAUGUGCUUUCUUAUAACAAUAUAGGAUAAUCUUGACACAAUCUUGAAUCGCACACUUUCAUAUAAACUAAUUUUUUUCCUCUAGACUACAUGUAUUUUUUACCGAAUUAAUGCAAUCAUGUUCAA